ACGAACCAACCUGUGUUCCCCACAUUUGCUCUCGCCCGCACCACGCCCGCCUCCGCUGCCACCGCCGGUCCUCCCAUCCCCUCCGUCCGGCCUAAGAUUCGCCGCCGCCGCCGCCGCCGCCGCCGCCUCCUCCUCCUUCGACCGGUCCCCAGAUUCGCCUCCGCCGCCCUGAAGGAGGGCCGCCGCCGCCUCCUUCUGCUCCUUUGCCGCCAUCGAGAUCCAGGAGCCGGAUGGGACCUCACCAGCCCUCUUCUACUUCUCCGCCGCCGCCGUUGGGAGAAGAAUUUGGUAUCUAAGUUUCCUCAAGAGACUAGAUUGCUUACGAUGAUGGCUGAGGAAACCAAAUCAAAGAAGCAAAAAGACGAGGAACACAUUAUAAACGGUCUCCCAGGAGAACUCAUUGAGCGGAUAUUUUUUAAGCUUCCAGUGAGCACUUUGUUGAGGUGCACUGGUGUCUGCAAGGAAUGGCACAAAAUCAUCCGAGAUCCCCAGUUUGUCACCUCUCACCUCCAGGAUGCGCCCCAAUGUGCUUUCCUAUUCUUCCCACAAGAGUCGAUCUCAGGAAAGCUCUAUCCUGCUGAUGCUAUCCUGAUUGAUGAGACCUGGUCACAGUCGACAUGUGCAGUGCCAGUGGUUGGCCCUGGUGAUUCCCUUUGUGGUUCAUGCAACGGGCUUCUUUGCUUAUACACAAAGUCAUCAACACUCAAGAUAGCUAACCUUGCAACGGGUGAAUGCCUGCAUCUUGAUAAACCUGUAAAGAAUUUAAGGGGUGAUUACUUCUUCUUGUAUAACUUUGGAUUUCACCCAGUGACAAAAGAAUACAAGAUUAUACACUUCCUUGGUGAUUCUGUCGAGGGCCGCCCUCUCCAUAAUAAUAGCAGAUUCAGAGUCGUUCAAGUUUACACACUUGGUGAUGACAAAUGGAGAGAUAUUAAAACUCCAGAAGCCCUAAGUUUAAACUGUCUAAAAAACUCUGGAGCAGUUAAUAUUGGUGGAACAAUGUACUGGCUAACUGAAGACAUGGUAGCUAGCUGGCAGCAUGCAGUUAUUACCUUUGAUCUCGGUGAAGAAAGUUUUGCACGGAUACAACUGCCAGCAACUGUACUCGAAGACUCUGCAGGUGAUGGGCCUCGUCGGUACUGGGUUAGAGAGAUUGAUGGGAAGAUAUGUAUAGCAACGGCUCAAACCUGUUCCUUUCAGCCCAGAAGGCUUGUUGGUAAGCUGCAAAUUUGGACACUUGAGAACAAAACGGAGCAAAGGUGGAGCCAGAAGUACAAUAUUCAGUACUCACCUGAUUACAUUCCGGGUCCAAAUUUGGUUCAUAGGGAUAAGACCAUAUUGCAACGCCGUGACCGUAACCUAUAUUCCUAUGAGUUGCUUGGGGACAACUCCAAUACUAAAUUGUGUAAGAUGACAAAGCUGUUAGAUUUCAGGCCCCACAAGCCUGACAACAUGCAAUCCUACAUCUGUGUGAAGUCACUUAUACGCUUAGAUGUAUACAAGAAGGCUGGCAUUGUUCGUAGGCCAAAACAGCGGGGAGUGUGGGAAUUGAAGAAGUGGGAAGCGUGGGAGCACAAGCUCUCUGAGAAUGAAAGAAUAUGGACCGAUACUCAUCGAGACGAGCAUGUGGGAGCUGCACAUGCACAAUGCUAUCGCACGAUGAUCAAUGAUGUGCUGCCACGUAUAUUGGAUGACACAAUUCAACUGGAAAUAGGCAUGAAAAUCAAUCAAAUAUUUCCGAACAUUCCUGAUCAGCAGCCAAGGCCCCUCCGGCGGCUUAAUUGUGUGGCGCAGAAGCAGGAUAGGGAAAAUUUAUUUGUUCGUAUGGAGAAUUGGAAUAAUAUUACGAAGGCUACGAGGGAGGCAAGGCAUAGUAUCUUUAGCAUGAUGGUUAAUGCUGUAUUAAAUCAGAUCGGCGCCUCGAGUUCAGACGCUGGCAUUUCUUCUCAGAAUCGCAGUGAGGGCGAUGAUGUGAAGAUUUGAUACUUGAGAGCUUAUCAUGACAUCCUUCUCAGCUCGCUCAGGCUGUUGUUCAACUCUUGUUUGUUUGUACCCCGAGGGAACGUUUAGCUGUUUCACCUGUAAAACAGUGAUCUAUGCGCUGUCAUGUUUCCAUUUGAAUUCUUGAUAUUUAUGGCACUUAAACAUAUUGGUCAAUUUGAGAUGUUGAAGAAUCUGCGGGGCAGCAAGACCAUUUGAUCUGAAGAUCAGACUAACUCCUGCCACCGAGUAUAUAUUGAAGAUUUACAGAGUACUGUACUUGGAAGUGCGAAACUUGUAGUUGCACUAUAAUCUUCUAUCUAUGGAUGAAAGCAAAACCUUUCAUAU